CUACCUUUCCCACGUGGGUUGUGUGCGGUGAUGCUGCGUGUGUGCUUUGCUGGUGCUGCGAUUGAUAAAGUUUCUCCUCUCUGCCUCUCUCUCUCUCUGGCGGAAACUUAUCGUCGUGAUUGCGGACAGUGACAAAAACGCAGGCGGGCUUGGUUCGCUUGGCUGAGCUGAGAGCGGAUCGGUCGAGAUAGUGGAUAGUGGAGCAGUGAAAGCCGGCACCUUGCCGUGUCCCUCGGCCCUGCCCUGUGUUAUGCGGUGCCGAUCGUGAGCACGAUCAGUGACCAGCGAUCCGUGGAGGAUGAGUACGGAGAGUGCGAGCGCGCGGCUCUGAUCUCGCGCAUUCGUGUUGUGUCGUCGUCGGUAGCGGUCGCGGUAGCUAGGAGCCACAGAAUUGUGCCACUUUCUCGCCGUUGUUGGGAAAGUUUUGAAAGUUUUAUUUUCCCCCUCAUCUGUUGGAAUUUUGUGAUAAAGCCUAACGAUCGGAGCAGCUUUCCGUGAAGUAAUCUAAGCAAUCUGUGCAAAAAUGUCGCUCCGUCGUAUCUACGGAAUGCAGUCACGGCUGUGGGUUCAGCUUCAGAAAAGUGCAGUGAAAGUGGUCCGAAGUUGCCCGUCGCCGGGGCGAAGAACGGUCGCGACUACGGCAUCGUGUCACGAAAAGUUGGCACCGAAACCGUUGCCGAAGCACGACUGGAACCGUGCCGUGAGUGAGGCCGAGAAGAUCGUCGGUUAUCCGACGUCGUUCCUCAGCUUGCGGUGGCUGCUGAGUGAUGAGAUCGCGAACGUGGCCCUUCAUCUUCGGAAGCUGGUCGGCAGCAACCAUCCGCUUCUUCGAACUGCCAAGAUGCUGAUCUACAAUGGCAAGAACAACAUGCAGACCUGGGGACUGAUCGUGCUGCUCGUGUCGAAAGCCGUCGGCCACGCACCGACCGUGCCCGAUCUGGAGCAGGACAAAAGUGCGGGCGUGUUGCAGUCUCAGCGCGGGCUGGCCGAGAUCACGGAGAUGAUCCGGACGGCGCACCUCGUCCACCAGGGCCUGGUGAACCUCCAAUCGUUCGCGGGCGCCGGCAACGAACUCGCCAGCGACAGUGACACGAUCUUUGGCAACAAAAUUGCCCUGCUGAGCGGCGACUAUCUGCUCGGUAACGCGUGUCUGCAGUUGGCAGGGCUCCGGAAUCAGGCACUGAUCGAGCUCAUUUCGUCGGCCGUGCGAGAUUUGGCCGAAUCGAGUUUCUUGGGUGUGCGCGACCAACAGAACAACCCGCUGCCUUCGAAACCCUUGCCAGAGGCGGAACGGGCGGCCGGCGCGUCAGGCGUUGAAGUGGACCUCAGUUUCGGCGAUCUGGUGGACAAUAUUCAACCACUCAGUCUGGCGGGUGUGAUGGGCGAUCCGGAGAAGGAGUGGUCCCUGAGACACAUUCUCGGAGCCGGCACACUGCUGGGCAAGAGCUGUCAGGGUGCGAUGAUGUUGGCCGGACAGCCGGAGGCGAUGCAACGGAGGGGGUACAUGUUUGGCAAGCAUCUUUCCCUGGCCUGGCAGGCCUGCUUAGAUCUGGAACCGUUCAUUGGCGAUCAUUUGCCGGCAGGCGGACGUUUCAGUUUGGUGUCGGCACCGGUCCUCUUCCAGCUGGCGCACGAUCCCGGGCUGUAUGUGGAGAUCGAAAAGGGACUCGAAUCGAUUGACAACGUCGACUACCAGGCGAUCCAUGCGGCCAUUGUGAAAGGUCCCGGACUGGAGCGAACCCGUGCGCUGCAGCAAAAGCACAGUCAGGCCGCCAUGGUCGUCCUCAACGACUUGCCUUCGUCGGAUGCGCGAACGGCCCUUCAGAACAUCAUCAUCGCUAUGCAGGACAUCUAGCGAACCCUGUUUUGGGACCCUGGGUUGGGCCGACCCACGAACAAAUCAGCGCUCUGAGUUCUUUUCAAUCUUGGCACAAGACAAGUGCCCCGGAAAAGAAUCGAUCAACGAGCGGAACCAGAGCGUCACGUCACCGUAUCGUAGCAACGAAAAGAGAAAAACGUACCAUUCCGUCCAGAGUGUGUGAAAGAGGGAAGCUUGUUAGGGGUAGCAUCGAAGAAGGCGACGUGCCAACACGUAGUGAGCCGCCGUAGGUGAGGCGUACCGCUCACCGUGAGCUAGUGAGCUGAGGGAUCGUGAGGACCGUGCUCGCGGCGACGCACCGGACAUUGUUUGUAUAUUGUAGGGCAUUAGGUAGAAAAUGUUUAGAAAAUAUUGUUAGACCACUUGCAACUGUUAGUACCAUGCACGCACACGAUCGCACGUAAAAGACAGCCCGCUGCGAACUAUUAGCACCGGUCGCGAAGGAAGCCUUCGAUACGGGCUCGUUAAACCUGUGUUCUGUUUGUCCCAUUUUCCCUUCCCCCCCAUUUUAGAUGCAUGGACAACUCCAGUACUUUUGGAGGGCAUCGCAUUAAUCGCUAGUGGUGACUGUUUUUGUCUUUAUGGUUAUUCUUUUCCCCCGAAAUGGUUUCAAUGUCGUGUCAUGUAUUU